GAAAAGUGGGCGGACACAGCGUCGUCUCCGCGCUUUCCUCUUCAAGUGGACACCGCGCACAAAGCCACUGGCCCGCUUCCGAGAAACUUAGCGGGAGCUUUUUUUCUCUCGCUGGCCUUUCGCAUUGUGGUCGCCGUUGGCUUGUUCUGCAAAGAACCACCGCAUUCAGGCACCGGCGACGAAGGGGGCAGUUGUCGUGCGCCCACCGGAGUUUCCCCACUGUCGCUACCGUUUCCAAGAAUCCUGCGAAGAGCGAACAGUACUCAUAGUUAGGUUUGGCGUCCUAAAACGCGGGCACGUGGUGCGGCAGUGUUCCGGGGGACAGAGCCCAGAACGGGACCGUGUACGCUUGGAAGCAGCCGCGCGUUCCUGCUGAGUCAGCGUAGGCGAGUCGCCGGGGGACUCUCAAGAUGAAGGCAGUCACAGCAUCGCUCCUGGCUAUCAGCGUGGCUUCUUUCGCGCCACAAAGUGUUGCCUGUUGGUGGCCCGGCCAGGCGCUCAAAAGGUACUUCGGGAGCAGCGACGCGAUCACUGCGCCCUCAGACACAGUGUCACCGUAUGAGGCGAAUGACGUAAUUUACAAUACAACCUACGCUCCUACAGGAAACAUGGUGACCAGGCCGCAAACGCAAGAAACAACGGGUUUGUCUCUGGAACCUCUCUUGUCGGCUAAUGGAACUGAUGCGUUGCCGACCGAUUCGCGGCCAUUCGAUGAUGACAGUUCGGUACCGGUUACCUUGGCUCACGCUGAAGCCAUCCCUGAAACAACGGAAACUACCGCACAGGUGACGACGAAAGGUUUAGUAACUACGUACUCGCCACCUCUCUUCGCUCCAGAUGAGAAUUUGGUGCCAGCCUCAGGGACGUUCGGUGACAGCACGCCUGAGUCAUAUGUAGAAGACGACUCCAUCGCCCAAGAAACUGCAGUCUCCUCUCAGUCUGCUGCGUUAACUACUUCGGAAAGACACAUGACAGAUGCAACUCUCCCUGCGACGUCACAGACUCUUGCACCAGAAUCUACGAAUGGUCAUACGUCGACACUUGCUAAUGAAAUUCAGUUUCACGCUAGCACAAGUGUGACCACUACGGAUCGGCUAGCCACCAUCUCAUACGUGGAUGAUGACACUUCAGCGCUUUCAAAUGAAGGUAUAGUUGAUGCCACCACAAACAUGACCACUAGUGGUCAGCCAGCAACCGCCACGUACGAGGAUGAUCAUACGUCAGCGCUUGCAAAUGAAGCUACCACAAACAUAGACAGUAGCGGUCUGCCAGCUACGGCAUCGACUGGCGACGAUGGCACUGAGGCAACUCUGUUCACUCUUACUACCAGGGAAGCUGCACCCGUUCACCCAAGCCCUGCCGAAGACGCAUCAAAUUUCGUUGCAGACGCAAAAGAUCAUGACGCAAAGCAGACAACUGUGUCUCUUCCCGAUCAUGGUUCAGCUACAAUUGCAACCCAAGUUGUGGAUUCCACGGUGUUCUUAUUACAGACGUCUCUCCACGAGGGUCAGUCAACUACAGACGGCAACAACGUCGCCAUAGCAGAAAGCUUGAAUUACGCGACGGAGACCAGUACCGGUCAGCCUGCAACCACCGCGUACAUGGAUGUGCAUACGUUAGCGCUUGAAAAUGAAGCUGCCACAAGCACGGACACUACCAGUCUGCCAGCUGUAGCAUCGACUAAUGACAAUGACACUAUUUCAAACUUGUUUACUCUUCCAACCAGUGAAGCUGCACCCAUUCACGCAAGUCCUGCCGAAGACGCAUCAAAUUUGGUUGCAGACGCAAAAGACGAUGAUAAUGAUGAUGCAAAGCAGACAACUGCUUCCGUUCCCGAUCAUGGUUCACCUAUAAUAACAACGCAAGUUGUGGAUUCCACGUCUCGCGACGAGGUUCAGCCAGCCACGGACGGUGACACCGUGGCCACAGCAGAAAAUUCAAGUUACACGACGGAGACCGCCAUGCUCAAGACAGCCAGUAUGUCAGUGACUGGUUUGUUAGACGCUCCCGUAACACGGGAAGGCCUCAAAGUCACAGCCGUUGCUUCGAAUUCAAAUAAUAGUGCUUCCAGCGCAACCGUCAGGGCAUCCUCUGUAACAGAACCCAUGGCAGAAUCGACGACGAUUCAUACGCUGUCAUCUACCGCUCGAUAUAUAGAAGAAACCGAUGAAGUGACGUCAUCAAGUGCCUCGACGGACACUAGUGUAACAAUGCGUUCUAAUGCAGACGCGUUUCUGGCUGAAAGCAUGACGCAGUUGAACUACGCUUCGUCACGUGAGGACGAGAUUAGGCGCGAGGACACCUCGGCUGAAGAGCUAGGGACCACCGGUCCCUCAUUUUACUCGCUGUCUAAAGUGCCAGAGCUGAACCACGAAGACGCCAACGACCGCUCUACACCUACCGCUCCUACCAGUGUGACCAGGCGGUACAAACCAGCUUACGUGCGUAGGUUUACUCCAUGGGUCAUUUCAAGGUCGCCAUCAUCACUAGCCAUCACGAGCCCCAGCUCUCCAACAAGUUCACCGCUAUCGACUGCCCGCCCGCAGGUUGACCAAGACACAUUGAAAGCGCAAGAAUCUUUCACAAUCGGGUAUGUACCGACGACUAACACAAGUCACAUGAGGCGGUAUCAGAAGGAUCCAACUUCUAUGCAAGGCAUGCCGGUCACGUCAACUGUCCGCGCGAGGAUACCACCUUCGGAUACCUUGGUGGUUCCAGAAAGCUUCUUUGGAAGCCGCUCACUGUUCAACCGUUUCGGCCAACCUUACUGUCCUGGAUGUGACGCCCUCCUGAUCAAGCUGCCAGCUCGGUUUAGCAUACCGCGAAUACCGCCGUAUAUUUAUGGAUAACCAAUGAAUGACUGGGUUGAAGUGGAUAACAUAUCUUUACUGCUACAAUCAACUGCCUCGAAAUUUUUACCUGUGGCAAACGUUUAAAACCUGCAGAACGAUUUCGCUUUCAGGUAAACAUGUGUGCCUUGCAAGUCAUGGCAAAGCGGUCAAGUAGGAAAUAAGGAUUGACUCUCCAGAGACACAAGCGUGAGACGUGAACUGCUGAUUUCGCAAGCUUUGAAAUCAAUGUAUCGCAUUCGAGCCACAAAUAAAAUUGCAAGCUCAUUCAUCAGAACUAUGAUUGAAUGCUGCAUAGACUCGUGCAA